UUAUCUAUGUGAUUUAUAUGUUCCUUCUUGCUUCUAGAUUCUACUGUUAUUGAUUCUGGGGCUUUCAGUGUUAAUUCCUGGUUUGAACUUAGAAAUGCGAAGAUGGGACGCGGUUGAAAUUUCUAUGAACAAUCAUUCUUGUGGGUAAACCAACAGUUCAUCAGAAACAAUGGGUCAUUCUAAUUUGUAGAAAUCUUUUGCGGGUAUGGAAGAUAAUGGUAUAAACUGUGGCGUCGAAGUGGGUUUUGGUUUUGAUGUUUAUGUUAAUAGGAGGGAGUUGAUCAAUUCCAUAGAUAUGGAGGUUCCAGCGGGUCCAGACAACGAAAUGAUUAAAAGUUCUGUUGAAGGGGAGGUUCACCAGGAUGAGGAGAUUGGAAAGAACACUGAGAGUACUUCAGGAAGGGAAUUAGUUGUUAGUGAAGGGGACCCAAAUGAACCAAGAGUGGGUAUGGAGUUUGAAUCUGAAACAGCUGUGCAUGCAUUCUAUUCUGCAUAUGCCGAUCGUGUGGGAUUUGUCAUCCGCUGGAGCAGACUUGGUCGCUCGAGGCGUGACCGUUCUGUUAUUGCUCGGGAAUUCGUGUGUAACAAAGAGGGUUUCCGAGCAGCUGAUAAGCGUAAUAAGGAUGGAUCAAAGCCCCGGGCAACCACGAGGGUAGGUUGCAAGGCAAUGAUGGCUGCAAAAAAACUAAGUUCAGGGAAAUGGGUUAUUUCAAGAUUUGUGAAGGAGCACAGUCAUCCACUGAUUAUUCUUGGAGGUCGAAAGACUUCCAUAUGUGGUCCAUUUCCGAGUGACAAUGAGAAGAUCCGGGAACUUUCCCAACAGCUACUUCUUGAGAAACGAAGAUCUGCAGCGUUCAAAAAGUAUCUUGAGCUGCUCUUCAAACACAUUGACGAGCACACAGAGAGCCUGUCAAAGAAGAUCCAGUAUGUUGUUGAUGCUGUAAAGGAGGUUGAAUCUGAAAGGGCGUAAAAAUCCUAGAUAGGCAUUACAUUAUUUGUAGAGUUUAUCUCUACAGCUUUCCCUCUUGUGAACAGACUAGUGCUUUGUUCAUCUUUCAUCAAAGGUGAUACUAGUUGGAAUUCCUUGAGGUAUUCUAUUUUAUCCUAUUUAUUGCAGAAAAUCAAAUGUUGGUUUCUGUUUUAUACACUUCACCACAUCUAUGUGGUGUAUAUGCAGGUGAAUCAGUACUUGCUGUUAUAUUUGUUGCGUUGAAGAUAUCUCUACUGCUUGUAUAGAAGGAGUUGUGUUGGGUGCCGGUAUAAAGGAGUUGGUCUCCACUUUUAUGAGCUGAUCCAUCAUUUGCUUUCUAA